AUGGACCGCUAUCCCCCCAGCGGGCUCUCCAUUCUCAUAGUGGGUGGUGGCAUCGGCGGUCUGACCUUUGCCAUUGAGGGGUAUCGCAAGGGUCAUGAGGUCCGGGUUCUGGAGAAACGGCCAAAUUUCGAGGGCUAUGUCAAGAACUGGCCUGGUUUCUUCAAGAGACUAGAGGCAAUAUUGUACAAAACCCAGCGAAACGUGAAAAAGUUCGACGGAACUUGGAUUGGGAGCUGGCCUAUUGGUGACGGGGAAAAUCGAUCUGCGGCCCUUAACCGUUCCGAGCUUCAUGGCCUGCUUUGGGACUAUGUGCAGGAACUGGGUAUCAAAGUGGACUUCGACAAAUGGGUGGAUGAAUACUUUGAGACUGACACCCAUGGAGGCGUGGUUCUAGCGGAUGGACAGAGGCUCACGGCGGAUAUCGUCGUCGCUGCUGAUGGUGUUGGAUCAAAGUCAUGGCCAUUGAUCCUGGGCCAAAAGGACAAGCCUACCAGCUCCGGCUUCGCCUGCUAUAGGGAGACUUUCCCGGCAGGUCCAGCCCUGCAGAACCCGAUCAUUGCAAAGGAGUUCAAGGGACAUGCGGAUCGCGUUUCACUGCACAUAGGCCCUGGAGCGCAUAUGGUUGUCGGCAAAACGGAGAAGCAGAUCUGCUAUAUCUUGACACGUAGGGACGACCACAAUGCCGAGGAGAGCUGGGACAAGACUGUGUCUACAGAUACUGCUCUGCAAUACAUUGAUGGCUGGGAACCCUUCUUAACGGAGAUUCUCAAGGCAACCCCAGGUCACCGUUGCACUGACUGGAAGUUUGAGCGCGUGUUAUGUGCCCAGAAAAUGGGCUUUCACCACCGAGAAAAGUUCCACAACACAGACUGGGACGAGGUUGCAAGGAAUCCGGACAUCUUCAGCAAGACUACUGCGAACUGGAUCAUGCGCCACAACCCCGAGCAGUAUGCAUAUAACAACUACGCUCGUUGUGCUCGCCAUAUUCUUGAAGGGGAGGCGUUCCACAACAACAAUAUCCCACCAGGCUAUAGAUACGAGCCGUGGACUAUUAAGGAGCUAAUGGAGACUUCGGACAGGCAUGAGCCGGUCGUUGACGAAGCCAUACAUCCUAUACGUAGUGACCGUGUGGUUGGCUACGCCCCUGGAAUCAGCAAGUCUGUCAGCGACCAGGCGCAAAGCGUAUUUCAACUUUACACUGUCCUGCCUGAGGACACUGUCUCCAAGAUUCUCAAUGAUAUAACUUACGAGACGGCAGUGGCACGGCCCCUCGGGUUUAUGACUACGGCCACCAGUUUGUUCCACGAUGGGCAGCUACAUCUACCCCUUCCUCAUCCUGUCAAGCCAAAACCUAAUGGUAAAACGGUGAUCAUCUGGGGAGGAUCGACUAGUGUGGUUCUCAACGCUGUUCAGUUGGCUGUUGCGGCUGGGAUGGGUGCAUUGCGGGUGUUCGAUUACAAUAGCCUUACCGUUGUCCACGAUAUCAUUGCCGAUAUGAAGGGUAAAACGACGGCUGGAGCAGUCGCUAUUGGUGUGACGGCUGCCAACGCCUUGUUUGAUAUCUCGACAAAAGCUGCCGAGAUUCUUUGGAACGCCAUAUACAAUCCUAGUCGCACCAGGGGCAUUGAGUACAAAAUGGUUGUCAUCGAACCGAUACUCAGCAAUGGUAUUGGCAAAGCAGUGUGGAAGUUCCUGAGCGAGGCCCUUGAGAAUCGUAGCUUUGUACCGGCGCCUGAACCUAAAGUUGUUGGGAAUGGACUGGACCAGCUUCAACAUGCGAUGGAAGUUCAGAAGAACGGGACUCCAGCACUCGAUGCGGAUAUAGGGUCCAGAGUUGAGAUAUGUCCGACUGCCUCGGGGAGCCGUGAACUUUCCCCGGUGGAGAACCGGAUAGAACAAUCCAUGAUCGCCAACCAAACAGAUGACAUUCUUAACCCAAUGUGGUCCCCAGAGGACCCCAUGACUUUUAGUCAAGCCUGGGACUUUCCUCAAGCGGCGUCAGGCAGGGUUUGCCUUCCCAGCUCAGCAGAUACUUUUACGACAACAUUAUUGCGACUCGAACGCCGAGUCUUGGAGUUUUGGCCCCGUGUUCAUGACAGUGAAUCCUGGGGGUUUUGCAUGAGGACGUUUCUCAGUUACGUUGACCAUUUCUUGGAUACUGGUGCAAUGCCAUUUCUAAGGCAACUGCUGGAUCGCACGUCAGAUCUUCCGCCUCUUCUGCGUGAAGCGUAUGGGGUAUGUGCAGCAUAUCGUGCAUGCAAGCCCGCAAAAAAGCCCUUCUACCACCAACUCCUGAACGCAGGCGUCAAUAACAUGAGCCGAAGUACCCCAACGCACGCUGACUUGCAAGGUCAGUUGGACCGUGUUCAAGCCUUGGUUCUCUAUUAUAUCAUAUACUUGGCUGGUGGCAUCAGCGACAAGCCGCUCCUUCGACAACUAGACCGUAUGUUGGCGCAGGGCACUGCCGACUUAGAGCGGAUGGAACUAGCAAGUCGCCAGACAGCUCGAUACAUGACACAAUUGGACUCUCAUUUGCCUGGAAGUCAUCUGAAUGACUGGGUGCUCUGCGAAAGUGCUCGUCGACUGAUCAUGAUUUCGUAUCUGGUGCGCGCUGUUCACUCCGUGGUCCAGUUCCAGAGAUGCGACUUUAUCAAAUACCUGGGGGCCCUGCCGGUUUCGACUAAAUCAUACGCGGAGCUUUGCUGGGAGGAUUUCAUCUAUGAAACGGAGCAAAGGCCGGCGCAAUCAAUCCCUGGAGUUAUUUCGUAUGAGGAAUUUGUGAGUGACUGGGAAAAUGGGGGACUUGUUCAAUUGGAUGAGUUCAGGCACCUGUUGCUAGUGGCAUGUAAAGGGUUGGGCUCCAUACAAGAAAGAGCAUCGAAAGAGCUGGUUGGGACCUUUGAUGAUCUCGGGCAUACUUAG